AUGCCAUCUCUUCCUGGACACCUGCUAGUUAUCUUGCUGGCCAUAUUUUUCCCCACCUGUGAGGGGCGCUGUUAUUUCCAGGCUCGAGGUAAGUAGCAAAUAUGGUGUGCAAAUGUUCAUUCGUAUAAGCUUGAGAGAGAAUAGGCAUGUAACACACAGUAUGUAAGCAUGGGGGGGCAUGGUCAUGUAACACACGUUCCUAUGUAAAGGUGAGGAUAUGGUCAUGUAACACGCAUGUUUCUGUGUAAAGGUGAGGACAUGGUCAUGUAACACGCAUGUUUCUAUGUAAAGGUGAGGACAUGGUCAUGUAACACGCAUGUUUCUGUGUAAAGGUGAGGACAUGGUCAUGUAACACGCAUGUUUCUGUGUAAAGGUGAGGACAUGGGCAUGUAACAUGCAUGUUUCUAUGUAAACGUGAGGACAUGGUCAUGUAACAUGCAGGUUUCUAUGAUAACGUGAGGACAUGGUCAUGGAACACACAUGUUUCGAUAUAAUUGUGGGGGGAUGGUCAUGUAAGAUAAAUUAUUAUGUAGUAGGAGUGUUUCACCAAGUUUCUGUGUAAGCAUGAGGGCAAAAAUCAAUGUAAUAUGCGUGUUUCGAUGUGUGAGGUAUAAUGGUCAUGUAAUAUGCAUGUAUCUAUGUAGGCAUGGGGAGAGUUGUCAUAUAAGACAUGUUUUUAUGUAAGUGUGACUGCAAAUGGUUGUAUAACACAUAUUUAUAUUUCUAAGCAUAAAUGGAAGGGUGAUGGAACAUGUACGUAUCAAUGUGAGUUUGAAUGGACAUGUUAUAAACGUUUCUAUUUCAAUGUGAGGGGGAUGUUCAUGAAACAUACGUUUCUAGAUAAAUGUAAGAGAGAAUGGUUGUGCAACAUGCAUGAUUCAGUGUGUUAAUGGGAAAGGUAACAUUGUCAUGGAACACGUGUCUAUGUAAGCAUGAAGGUGAAUGGUCAUGUAACAUGUUUAUGUGUAAGUGUGAGGGUAAAUGGUAACAGAUCACAUAUUUCUAUGUAAGUGUAGGUGGCAAUGGUCAUGUAACGUAAAUGUGAGAAGAAAUGGUCUUGUUUUUAUAUAAAACGUGGGAGGAUGUAACACACGUUUCUAUCAUGGGGAGGGGGGGGGGGUUUGUCAUGUAACAUGCAUGUCACUAUGCAGGAACGUACCUAAAACAUUUUCUUUUUUGUUAACUGUAUUGCACAAAUUUGUAAACUUUGUAAAGCCCCCUUCUACAAAAGCCCUGUCCUGCCCCUUUCCUACAAAACCCAUGUAGUGCCCCUCCUACAAAAUCCCUGCAUUCACCUUCCAAUUCUCUGCUGAGCCCCUUUAUACAAGACCCCUUUCCCAAUACAAAAUCCCUGCACCCCUCAUAUGCAGUUACAGGCAGACAGUCCCACAUGCUCAGUUAUAGGCAGAGAGUCACACACAGUUACACACACACACACUCUCCGUAAAAGGCAGACACACGGGAACAGGCAGACACACACACACACUUAGUAACAGGCAGACACACACACACACACUCAGUAACAGGCAGACACACACACACACAUACACACACACACAGUAACAGGCAGACACACACAAUCAGUAACAGGCAGACACUCACAUACACACACACACACACUCUCCAUAAAAGGCAGACACACGGGAACAGGCAGACACACACACACACUUAGUAACAGGCAGACACACACACACACACUCAGUAACAGGCAGACACACACACACACACAGUAACAGGCAGACACACACACACACACACUCAGUAACAGGCAGACACACACACACACACACACACACACAGGCAGAAAGCCACAAAGACAGACAGACAGACAGGCAGGCAAUUACCUCUUUCCCUUAUGACUGGAAGAGGGGAGUGGAAGCAGUGCAGUUCCUGUAGUCAAGUUAGUGGGGAGGCAGGGACUCCUUCCUACUUCCUGUGCAGCAGUUACCAGGGGCUUCUGGCCGCUGCCAUUUUAGCCCCACCUCACGAUAAGCUCCGCCCCACGAUUUUUUUUUCAUAGACCCGGCUGGAGAAUAAUGACAUCCUCCACCUGAGCACCUGCUCUAGCUCCCACCCCCCCCUUACCUGCUCUAGCUCCCCCCCUUACCUGCUCUAGCUCCCCCCCCUUACCUGCUCUAGCUCCCCCCCCCUUACCUGCUCUAGCUCCCCUGCACUCCUGUCACCCGGCCAUGUGUGAGCCCUACUUGGUGGCACCUGGGGCGGACUGUCCCCCCCCUUAGUAUGCCACUGUCACUAUGUCAUUGUGGGGGGGGAUGGUCAUGUAACACGCAUGUUUCUAUAUAAUCAUGGGGGGCUGGUCAUAUAGCAUACACGUUUCUGUAUAAAUGUGAGGGGGUUCCAAAUAUUGACGAAGGAACUUUUUAAUCCAGUAUUUGGUUCUGAUACGACAUUUUAGGUAACUAUUUUUCUUUGGUUUCUAUUGUAUUUAUUGGGGCUGGUGUGUGCUAUGGUCGUUGCUGCUGUCCAGGAGUAGUGGGAGUUUUAGUAUAUUUGUAUCACACAGCCAUGUUACAGUGCUGCCGCCCAUCCCAUGUGUUCCCUAUUAAGGUUUAAUAAGUAUGUAGGGGUUUCAAAAUAAAAUACCCUUCUCUGUCUCAUUAGAGAUUUAUUUACCUGAUGCUGAAGGAAGCACGGUGAAUUGUUAAUGUAGGACCCACCUAAGAGGUUUGUCUUAACGUAGCUGGUGGACUAACAUCUAAUGGCCAUUGGAGUGAAACAUAAAUGCUCCAGUUAUGUAAAUAUGCACAGGGAUUUGGGGAAGUGCACAAACAAGGUAGCCUGUUUGUUUGUUGUACUCCUAUAGGGGUGCAAUAUAAUAUAAAGAACUUGUUUUGCUUCCUGCCCUGACCCAGCAGACACCACAUUAAGUUUCCAUUUCUGUUGCCACGGUGUGUGAGAGCUUUGAGCGGAGGGUUAAUACGGGGAAUAUCGUCGUUUUCGUAUAUGCCUAUAAAAGAGGAUGUUUCAGAACAGUCUAUGGUCUCCGGCAGCUGAACAUCAGGCACACGCUCUACAUGAAGAGAAUCAAUGUUUGCAUGGAAGCUGGUGGGAUUACAUUCUCUGAGUGAUGGUUUUAGAAUAUCUCUCAAAAUGUCCGUUAGAUGUACUAAGGUUUGGUAAAUUGCAGUGACCUGUGUAGCCAGUAUAAAAUAUUAAAGAGUGUGAAAUGGUAUCCACCUCUCUCUCCAGCAUCAUGUCAAUACGCAGGACGAAGCUUUGGCUUGGGAGAGUCCUGGCUCGCCAACAACUGUCAGCUCUGUACUUGCCUCCAUCCGGUGGGAGUUGGCUGCUGUGAUAUGUGAGUAUAGGCACAGAGAUUUAUAACCACCGCAUUUUAUAAAUCCCUAUUGUCACAAAUGCACUCUACUUCAAGAGUGUGCGUGACGUAGUUGUGGUGGUGAAAGGGUUAAAGUUCACUAUUUGUGAACUAGACCGGAAAUAAUGACAAAAUCGCCCUCAACACCACCAAGACAAUUUAUAAAUGGGGUGCCUUGGUCCCACAGGUAAAUCAAUAAUAAAAACCCACAAACUAUAACUUUGCACAAUAUUUAAGGAAUUGCAAAAAUACUAGUUUGUCUCUUAAGGCAGAACUUAAUAAAGUAAUAUUUAUUAUGAGCAAAAAAUAGUCACAGUGCAUACAAAAAUAUAGAUGACAAGCAAAUUAUUCUCACCAACAACAGAUAAAAACAAAAGGGAUAAAAUAACAGAAAGUCCUGGGCGGAAAGAGGAGGCCCGGUGGAGAUGGACGGCGCCCCCGCACCAAUUCAAUCCCCCCGACAGAAUACUGCGCAGACACAGGAAGUACCAGAUGAGUAGAUUCCACCCCCUACACGACAGAGACACACUUCCUACGCACCCCCCCCCUCAUUCCCCUCCUACUACAUGACACGUGGACCCGCAAAAGACCCAGGGAGACUCAACCCCCGGAGGCACACAAACUAACUUAUGUCUCCGCUCGAGGCGGAAUCAGUGAGUAGGCAGGCACCGAAAAGGGGGGCCGCGGACCACGGGAUACUGGGGGGGAGAGGGGGAGCAAACCACUAAAGCGACAUACGGACCGACACACCUAGGGGAGGAGGGAAGAGGGCGACCGAGGUACAGGGGGCAUGGACCCACCUCCACCUCAGACGCACAACACCACAACUCAAGCCAGUAGAUCCCAGUUCAGACCACGACAUAUAACAACCAGGACUCCCGCAGUUGGCAGACAAAACCCCACCUACACCACGUCCAGUUGGAUCUGGGACAUAAUAUAACAACCCAGACAAGGUCUACCAGAUGAUCAACGGGGAACGUAAUAAGGCCCCAGGAUUGAUACGAACACGAGUGACACAAACCAAUGACCUGAGGUGACGACGCGACGACUAACACAGACCCCACACGCCGCGCACCUACAUAAUAAGACACUGCAGGACAACACCACACACUCUAGCUACGUCCGCGGACGACUCAAGGACAACUAUUCCUAGAGACCCCAAAUCAGAUCUGCCCAGGGAGAACAGGGGGUGAUCUCACGGUUCCAGGGGCAACACAAUGGGCCCCCACAUGAUUUAGGACUGAACACAUCCACACCAGGCCCAAUACGACCUGAACCAACACACAGCUCAGACACUAACCAGAUUGGAACCCUCAAUCAGAGCCCCUGACGGUGCCCUCCAAGGGUCAGAUCACAACCCAGAGCGGUUGAAACAGGCUAUUUGAUAGCACGCAGGAACCUUGCGGAUUAACCGCAAACCCCAUACACUCUCAAACACACAGUGGACUAGCCCAUUACAAGGCUAACGACACAACACAACACACAAGUAUGCUUAUUGUUUUGUCGAAGCUAAAAAUACGAACACAGCCUAUCAGUAGGUUGCUGAAACCAUCUCAAUGCUGUUAUACACAUAUCUGACCCGUUUAUUUGUGAUAACCUGUUAAAUUGUAACGGAUAUACAUGUUGUGAUUUAAUAACAUAAAAUGAAGAAUGCCAAAAAAAAAAAAAAGAAAGUCCUAAUCACUUACUCUUUAAAGUAAAUACUUCUGCCCAAGGGGGUCUCUGGUAGGAAGGAUGGUGACUCACUUAGAAUUAGAAUCUAUCUCCAAGCAAGUACCCAUAUGUGACGGACACUCCGUCAAUCGAUGCUCCUAGUGCUUACCAAGGACCAUCAGCACCGCACCAGACACCAUAAGCACUGCAGAUCCCACGACCGCCGCAGCUUGGCUGGAAACGUGCCGUCCUCUACCCACCCUGGACCUACGACAAGGCUCCAGAUUCCAGUGGGUGAACCUCUCCUCCAAGAGAGAAGCAGGAACAAGCUCUUAAAAGAGCUUAGUCAUUAUAAUCCCUGGCGAGUAUAGUGAUAUAGCAAUCCCCCCCACACGAGACAAGGCUCUAUGUUGAGGGUAAUCCAAGAAAAGCGCUGAAUGAAGGCAAUAUCCCAAAUCCCCCAGCAACCAGACGAAACAGUUCUGGGAGUCAACUGAGGUUUUAAUCACAAGUUCCAGCUCUGAGGGUUUAUUGAACAGCUUGGUCUUUUAUACAGUUUUCCCCACAAGGUUACCACCCUGGUGGACCUUGUGGGGCACAGGAACAACAAGCCAAUAAAAACAUAGCUUUACAUUCAGUGACAGUGUACACAAUCCCUCCGCUCUGUCUGUGAUAUAAUUAACGAAGACAAUGGACUAACUCAAUUAACUCUAAGCAGAAAAACAAACAAAAAACAAAUUUUUACAAACCCCAAAAUACAACAUAUCCCCACAAAAAAAGUCACAUCCCCUGAUCGCCCCAAUCUGAGUGAACAACAUAUUCAAAAAUCACCCAGAUUGGUUCAGGAAUUUCCAUUGAAGUCUUUUUGCCCCACCGUGCACAUGGUCCCAUGCCCAAAACAGUUCCAUACACUCGACAACAAAACACUGCUGGACAAUUUAAGAUGGCCGCCGCUACAUGUUUGAAAUGGGCAUUGUGCUAAGUCCCAAUAUGCACAAAUAGUGUUUUUAAAAGGCAAUACACCCCAGGGGCCAUGGUCACAGGGCAAGAGGCUGGCAAGCAGGCCUCUCCAAAAGCCAAUUGCCACACCAGACAUUUCAGUAUCAUUGGAUAUAUACCCCCUGUGGAUUACCACGCCUGUGUUCCAGACCAACAUCAAUCCAAAUGGAAACAUUUGGUUCGAUCUUCUCUUAUGUACCUGCCACAGAAAUAAUCAUUAUUUUCCCAUUCUAUAAAAUGGCAGAUAUGACAAUUCCUUCCAUUAUAGUUAAGUUAUGACAAUCAUGUUUGGGCUUAUUAAAAAGAUGGCGCUUGUCACAUUCCAAAUAUAACAAAAAUGAGGCUUAAUUAUUUUUCUGUGGGUAAAUAUGAUUUUUUUUUUUGCUUUUGGGUCUGAUAUUGGAACAAGGCUAAUGGCCAUUAACAUAUCAAAGAGAUUGACCCAUCAAUUAAGAAGUAAAAGUCACAUGGCUGGGCCAGACAUUCAGGCUUUUCCAGUGUAGAAUCUCACACCUUGCAGAGCCUUUGAGUAAUCACAGGAUACAUUCAUAUGAUAAAACCCUUUUCACAUUCCUAUGCAAUUUCCAUUACCCCUUCUGUCAUACAAUAAAAUUAAACCUUUCUGACCUUGACAAUAUUCCAAGCAGAUUAUCUAUGCACUACACAAAUUACAUUAAAGGACAAUAUUCCAUAGUGCAAUAAUGAGUAACACCUAUCAUUUUCUAUUUUGAUGAUUUUUUCCAAUAUUGUUUUUUUAUAUUUAUUGUACUCUCACCUAGAGUAUUGUGUUCAGUUCUAUAGAGCAGAUCCCAGGAGGACUUAGAGCAGCACUCUAUUAAAUCCGCAGUAUGAUGUCUCUGAUAUUGAUUUAGUGUAAAUGUUCAUUCUACACUUGUUUCUUCACCAUGCCUGUCUAUACAAGGAGAGUGACAACAGUAACUGCAAUUUGUAUAGAAUGCUGAAAUGCCCCCUUUUUUAAUCCAUUUUUCUGAUCUCAGCACUCAGCAUCCAAUUGACUUUCCUUCAUGGUGUGAAGCUCGAUACAACCCUCAGACCUGUCAGAUCUCCGUGGUACAGAAAGCUAAUCCAGAUCUACCAUGUGUGCACAGUGCAGAGUAUGAAUGGGGCUCAGCAGGCACACCAGAACCUACCUCGCAGGCCGUCUACCCUACACACAUGGGAAGAUAAAGACAGUACUUUGAGUGGAUUUAAUGUACUUUUAUGACUUAUCUGCUCU